AUGGAAGCAUUUAACAUCCGAACAUGGCUGCUGGGUCAGAAAAUGAAGACUGGAGCUACACUUGCUCUUGAUGAUACAAAACUGAGCAUUUGUAAAAAACUUGAGACAAGACUAGAUGUAUUCAAAUUGGACUCAGCAGCUCUAAACAAACAGCCAGAAGAGGUUUUUGAUAUCGUUGGAAAGCUUGGAGAAGGAUCCUAUGGAUCGGUGCACAAGGCAAUUCAUCGAGAAUCCGGUCAUACGUUGGCUAUCAAGAAGGUUCCUGUUGACACCGACCUCCAGGAAAUUAUCAAGGAGAUUAGUAUCAUGCAACAAUGUGAUAGCAAAUAUGUAGUGAAAUAUUACGGGUCGUAUUUCAAAAAUUCAGAUCUGUGGAUUGUCAUGGAGUACUGCGGUGCUGGUUCUGUUUCGGAUAUCAUGCGGCUUAGGCGUAAAACACUGACUGAACGUGAGAUGAGUGCGGUACUACGAGACACUAUUCAAGGUCUACGAUACCUUCACGACCUUAAGAAAAUACAUCGUGAUAUCAAGGCUGGCAAUAUAUUGCUGAACAUCGAGGGGCAAGCCAAGUUGGCCGAUUUCGGUGUUGCGGGUCAGCUUACGGAUACAAUGGCUAAACGGAACACGGUUAUCGGUACACCGUUUUGGAUGGCUCCUGAGGUGAUUGAAGAAAUCGGUUAUGAUACGAAGGCGGAUAUUUGGUCUUUGGGAAUAACUGCCAUCGAGAUGGCAGAAGGUCGCCCACCAUAUGCAGAUAUCCAUCCCAUGAGGGCCAUAUUUAUGAUCCCGACGAAACCACCUCCUACGUUCAAGAAACCAGAUGAAUGGAGUGAGGAGUUCAAUGAUUUCAUCAAACAAUGCUUGGUUAAGAAGCCAGAGGACCGUAAAACUGCUUCUCAACUCGUUGAGUUAAGAGAACUCUCACUGGAUGAAUUACUUCGACGAAAAAACAAUCUAGAAUCGGAAAUGGAUGAAGAGUUACGUGAAUUGCAGAGGAGGUAUCAAACAAAACGUCAGCCAAUACUAGAUGUCAUUGCUGCUAAGAAGAGUAGAACUACUAAUUGA